UUAAGAAACUUCCCUGUCAGCUGAUCAUGCCUGCUGUUUCUAAAACAUCUAAAAGGAAACAGAGCAGCUCAGUCGGUGCUCAGCUCAGACCAAACCAACGACAGGAGGAGACUAAGGCAGAGUAUUUGAGAUUAAGCAAAAGGUAAAAUGGAGAACUCUGCGGACGAUGUGGACUUUAUUGACAAGGGAGACUUUUACUUUUAUGAAUACUUAGACAACUACACUGAAUCAGACAAUUUCACUAUACAUGAGGGAAGAUCUUUCCAACACAAACCUACCUGUAUGAAAGAAGGCAUGUGCGUGUCUCUGACAGUAAUCAAUGUGAUCAUAUUUCUGCUGGGCUUUUUUGGGAACAUGCUGGUCAUCUGGAUCUCUGGCUUUAAGAUGAGGAAGACGGUGAACACCACUUGGUACCUGAGCCUUGCCAUCUCUGACUUCCUCUUCUGUGCCUUCCUGCCAUUAAACAUCGCCAACAUGGUGAUGGAAGAGUGGAUCUUCGGUCUCUUCAUGUGCAAGUUUACCUCUGUGUUGAUAUUCAUCAACAUGUUCAGCAGCAUCUUCCUCCUCGUUGUCAUCAGCGUGGACCGCUGUGUGUCCGUCGUGUUUCCAGUUUGGGCCCAGAACCACCGCUCUGUUCAAAAGGCAUCAGCUGUGGUUGUUUUCGCUUGGCUUCUUGCCAUCGGGAUGAGCGUUCCCUCCAUGAUCUUUCGGGAUGUCCGUAAUGGGAUUGAUGGCAGGCAAACUUGCUUCAAUAAUUACACCACAAAACUACACAGUCACAAGAGUGUUGCUUUGACCCGCUUUGUUGCAGGCUUUGUGGUUCCUUUCAUUGCGAUUAUUUUCUGUUACUCCAUCAUUAUCAUCAAACUUCGAAACAACAGGAUGACAAAAUCCUCUAAACCCUUCAAAGUAAUGACCUCACUUAUUGUAGCCUUUUUUGUCUGCUGGCUGCCCUACCAUGUGUUUGUCCUACUUGAGCUGAACCACCACAGCCAUGACCGCUAUACUUUAAUCACUGGACUCCAUGUUGGCUCAAUUUUAGCAUCAGCAAAUAGUUUCCUUAAUCCAUUGCUGUACGUCUUCAUGGGAAACGAUUUCAAGCGAAGUUUCAAGAGCUCUGUGCUCUCAAAGAUGGAGAAUGCAAUGGCCGACGAAGGCCGCACCACCAGUCGGUACCUGUCCAGGUCCAGCUCCAUGGAUGGCAGAGCUUCCACACACAUUUAGAGGUGUGGACAUGACCUAAAAACUGAUCAUUUGGUGCAAGACAAAAUGUUGUUUCAGAAUGUGUAUUUACUGGGUGUUUCUUUCCCAAAUCAAAUCUUGAAAUCAAAUCUGUUUAUAGUUUCUGCAAAAAUACCAAUUUUAAAUGAAACACAUAUCGUUGUUUGAAUUGUUAACAAAAGGGUUUUCUUUGCAAAUUUUAAAAAAAUCUAUUGUUUUUUAUAUGCAAACACAAACAAUGCACUUUAACCAAAGUCAAAAGUUUGUAUAUUUGCCAUCACUCAUGUUCUCAAACAUCACAUCCACCAAAUGUUUGCUAUUUGCAAAUAGCUGAAACAUUUGCAGGCUUUGCAAGGAUCUUUGACUUUCUUUUGUGCAACACAUAAAAGUUGAUAUUGGACUUUGCUGAAAGACUUUCCUGAUUGGCUUGAUUUGAUUGUUCAGUUUAUUAUGUAACAGAACUAUAAUGAUAAGAGCAAUACUAAUCAACAGUAACUAAGUGCAAAAUAAUGGAAAAAAUAUACAUAAAGGAAAUGGGUGAUGUGAUUUUAAAUUGACUCAAGCCACAAGACCCCUACCAUGAAAUACAAAAAUAUCUUGUGUUUAGGGUUACUAACUCAGAAAACAACCAAAGUUACGCUCUUUGGAGAACAUUUGACCAAAGUAGAUGCUGUUAAAAUAUCAAUUUGUCUCUAAAAUACUUUUAUCAGCAGUUGGGUUGGGUUUAUCACUCUCGGCCCACGUGUUUGAUUAGCUGUUAAUAGUGAUUAUUUAAACAAGUUAUAUUAGGGAUGUGUACAUAUGUAAUUUGAUGUAUAUGAGCUGUGGAUAUAAUUUGUUCAAUAAAAGGCUGAAUGUGCUCCUCUAAAA